AUGUCUACCGAGGACAAAUACGAGACGCUGGAGAAGAUUGGCCAUGGCUCCUUUGGCAUCAUCCGCAAGGUCCGCCGCAAGGCAGACGGCUUCAUCAUGUGCCGGAAAGAAAUCUCCUACCUCCGAAUGACGCAGAAAGAGCGCGAGCAGCUGCACUCCGAGUUCCAGAUUCUGUCGCACCUCCGCCACCCGAACAUCGUCGCCUACUACCACCGCGAGCACCUCAAGGCGAGCCAGGACCUGCACCUGUACAUGGAAUACUGCGGCAACGGCGACUUGGGCCGCGUGAUCAAGGAAUUGCAGAUGAAGGGCCAGAGGGCGCAGGAGAGCUUUGUCUGGAGCAUCUUUAGCCAGCUGGUUCUGGCCCUGUAUCGCUGUCAUUACGGAAUAGAUCCCCCCGAUGUUGGCGGCAAUGUCUUGGGCGCGGCGGAGAGGACGGCUCCAAAGACUCCGGCUGGAGCCGUGACGAUUCUGCAUCGAGACUUGAAACCCGAAAAUGUAUUCCUCGGCGAGGAUAACUCAGUCAAACUGGGCGAUUUUGGUCUGUCCAAGAUGAUCAAGUCUCAGGAUUUCGCCUCCACCUACGUCGGCACCCCGUUCUACAUGUCGCCCGAGAUUUGCGCGGCCGAAAAGUACACGCUCAAGUCCGACAUUUGGUCAUUGGGAUGCAUCAUUUACGAGCUCUGCGCUCGCGAGCCCCCCUUCAACGCAAAGACGCAUUUUCAACUGAUCCAGAAGAUCAAAGAGGGCCGAGUCGCCCCUCUACCUGAGAUGUACUCUCCCGAGCUGAACCAGGUCAUCAAGGACUGCCUCAAAGUCAAUCCCGAUAGAAGACCGGAUACUGCACAGCUGGUUCACCUGCCGGUUGUGAGGCUCAUGAGAAAGGAGAAGGAGGUGGUCGAUUUGAACAGAGCGCUCAAGGCGCGUGAGGAGAUUCUCCGCGAAAAGGAGACGGAGCUGAACCAGCGGCUGGUGAAUCUGGACAAGGACAAGCACCUGAUGCGGCAGGAGCUGGAUGCGUCGGUUCGAAGAGAGUGGGAGGUCAAGGCCCGGCUGGAGAUUGACCGCCAGGUGAGCGCCGAGGUGGAGAGGCUCAAGAAGCAGUUUGAGGAAGAGGUCAGGAAUCGCGUGGAGAAGGAGCUGGAGAGCCGCCGCAAGAGAACGCCUCCGCCUCCGGUGGAAGAAGUGCAGAUCGAUUCGCCCAUGACAAAGUCCGACCAAGCGCACAACUCGUCUGCGGAUGGCAGCGGCGACGAGUUCCCUUCUACGACGGACAUCACGGAGCUGUCAUACUCGGCCGAGAGCCCCGACUUCAUCACCAAGGACCUGAAGCGAGCGGCGCGAACGCCCUUUCACCGAGCGCAGACCAUGUUCGCCGGCCAAAUGGGCACUCCCAUGGACAUUGAGAUGCAAUCGCCCAGCCCCAUGGCUAUCGCCUCGCUGUCGCUGUCGCCGCGCCGCCAAGGAAAGACGCUGACGCACCAAGGUAACAUCUUCGCUGCGAAUUCGGCGCCCAAGGCGGCCGCCAACCCCGAUGAUUGGGCAAGAGACGGGCUGGAGUCUGACGGUGAAGAUGCCUGCCCUCCCUCGCCAACGCAGCACAGGGCCUCGAUUAAGAAUCCUUUCACCAGCAAGAACCGGCCACUCCUCUCGCAGAAGUCGGCGAGUGCGGCCGCUCGCAUUAGGAAUGCCACGACCACCUCGAGCGGCUUCGUAUCCAAGGCUGCCAUUCCGCCUAACGCUCAGGCUGGUAGCCGAAAGCGGUCUCCCGUUGGCAGGUUGACUAAGAUUCCCUCCAUCGCCAACAUGACGCAGCCGACCACGGUCAACGAGGCUAACACUCCGUCACCCAUAUCGUCGUCGUCAUCGUCCUCGGGCCUGUCGCGCAGGCUGUCCGCUAGGAAGGAGGCAGCCGAUUCGACGGGCAGGAUAGCUAAGAGCAACUUUAAGGGAUACACGCUCAUCGAGCUAAAUCAGGCCCGCGCAGGAGGCCGGCCGACGAGCAUCACGGGCAUGCCGCUGGGCGAGAACGUGGGCCCUAAGAGGUCCGGAACCGCGGCAUAUCGGGAGCGCGUGGCCAGCUCCAGUUACGGACCGGUCGCCGUGUGGGACCCGGACACGGACGAGAUGCCGAGCCCCUUUUUGGACCGGCGCCGCAUUGCGAGGGUUUAG